UCAGUCUCUACUCUCUCUGUUGUUGGUAUUUUUUUGUAGGACGCAGAACAAGUUUUUCGCUGCUAGGCCUACUAACUAACUGUCCUCAUUUAUUCAAGCUUUAAGACUACCUAAUUAAUCGACUGAAAUGUCUUUUUCUUGCCUACUUCGUAAUUCAGGAAAUAUAUUGAAAGCAACACCCCUAAAAAAUGUUUUCCUUCAAAAUCAUCUUAAAUUGAGCUCAUCUAUAUCUCGAUUAACUCCUGUAACCAACAACAGUGACCAUCAAGUUUGUAAGCCAACUAAGCUUUCACAGUUGGAGAUUGUGAAGCAGUUGUCUACAAGUCCUGUAGCUCGGUCAGCCCACGGAGAUCACACCAAGAUCUGGACAGCAGAACGGGCACUUGCUGCAGCCAUGAUUGGGGUUCUGCCUGCAGCCAUGCUCAUGCCUUCACAAGCCAUGGACACCCUCAUGGCACUCACCAUCGUCAUGCACAUGCACUGGGGUAUUGAAGCUGUCGUCAUUGAUUAUGUGAGGCCAGUCAUCUUCGGCACUGUGGUCCCCAAGAUUGGAGUAGCCUUAGUAUACAUUCUGUCAAUUGCUACUCUUGCUGGUCUUCUCAACUUUAUCUUCAAUGAUGUUGGACUUGCUAAUGGAAUUCGUCUAUUUUGGAAAUUGUAAAAACAACUGAUUUUGUACAUACCUUGUUAAAUAGUAUUCUAGGGUAAAUGUUGUGUUUCUAUGUGUAUUUACUUCAAAAUGUUAACAAUUUUCUCUGAAACUAGUAUUGCCAGAAUAUACACAUUUUUUAAAAAUC